UGUAACAAGGUAGGGUUGGUAUACAGAAGAUAGCUCUAUUUGGUAAAAUACCAAGUCCAUAUUAUGGCAAGAACAGCUCAAAUAAUGUGAUGUGCAUCUCUCGUCUGAAACAGUUACUCUCAAAGAGUGGUCAUUUUAAACAGGGCUCAAUUUGAUAUCCCGGGCGGCGGGCAAGCGAGCUCAGCAGAUGUACGGUAGUGCACACACCACUUUCCCUUUCUGAAAAGGAUAUUGAAAACGGAAAAUAACGUUACCCUCGGGUUACCCGGUCCACGCUGCGGAGAAUCACCUUUGGCAGUUUCUGCUUUCCCUCCAAACGAAGGUGGAGAAGUAGAGGGGGACAAGUCGCGUACAUCCGGCUCCAAUCAACCCAAGGAUGGAUCCCACCACUUGGUACUGCCAAGGUCAUGGCAUUUGAUUUCAAGCUGUCCGUCAGUUUCUUGGCUGUCUGAAAACAACAAGUAGAAAAGUAGACAAUCAUGCCUCGGAGUCCUACGUCCAGUGAGGAAGAAAUGGCCCAGAGUGUCUCUGACGGGUCUGGAGGUUUUGAGACAGACAGCUCCAAGGAGGAGGCUGGCCAUGGAGGACCUGGCGGGGAAAGGGCCAGCAGAAGGACCGACAGGAGGGCAGAGAAGGAUAAGGCCGCCCGCAGGGAGUCACUGGUCUUCUGUGUGGUCAUCCCUGACCUGCAGCAGUCUACAUGUAUGAGGUUUAAACCCGAGGCCACCGUAUGGGUUGCUAAACAGCAGAUCCUGUGUACACUGACCCAGACGUUGAGGGACGUGCUGAACUAUGGCCUGUUUCAGCCCGCUGUGGAGGGCCGCAAGUCUGGCUUCCUGGACGAAGAGCGCCCCCUCAAAGACUACCCUACUCCCGCCAGCAUCAAGGGGGUUCCAACUCUGGAGUUCCGUUACAAGAGCAGGGUCUACCAGCAGCCCAAUGUAAACGAAAUGCAGAUUGCCAAAAUCCACACGCAGGCCAACUAUAGGAAAUUCAUGGACCACAUUCAGCAUCUCCAGCUGGAUAAAGUGGUAAAGAUGCUGGAGAAAGGCCUCGACCCCAACUAUCAAGACCCUGAUACUGGUGAAACUCCAUUGACCUUCGCAGCCCACCUUUACAAUGUGGAGCAGGUCAUCGUUGUAUUGAAACAAGGCGGAGCACAUCUGGACUUCAGAUCACAAGACGGGAUGACCGCUCUCCACCAUGCGGUCAGGGCCAAGAAUCAGGCCACACUGAAGGCUCUACUGGACCUGGGCGCAUCUCCAGACUACAAGGACAGCCAGAGUCUCACCCCCCUCUACCAUACAGUCUUGGUGGAGGGAGACCCAAGCUGCUGUGAGCUGCUACUGAGGGCCCACGCCACCAUCUCUUGCCAUGACGAGAACGGCUGGCACGAGAUACACCAGGCAUGUAGAUAUGGACAUGUCCAGCACCUGGAGCACCUGUUGUUCUACGCAGCAGACAUGGGUGUCCAGAACGCCUCGGGAAACACGGCUCUACACAUCUGUGCUCUAUACAAUCAGGAACACUGUGCCAGAGUACUGCUUGUUCGUGGUGCCAACAAGGAAGUGAAGAACUACAGAAGCCAGACAUCAUUCCAGGUGGCCAUCAUCGCGGGGAACUUUGAAUUGGCAGAAUUAAUCAAGAAUCACAAAGAGACUGACAUUGUGCCUUUCCGUGAGGCGCCGGCCCAACCUGCCCGGCGCAAGCAAGCCCCACGGAGCACACUCGCUGCACCACGGCCGACGCUCUUGCGCUCCAACAGCGACAACAACCUGAACGUGAACAGCCGGUCACCCCUGCCGUCCCCGAGCCACUCUCCCCUGCGUAGCCUCUCCCCCCGCCGGCCCCAGCAGCAGCAGAUGCCCAGCCCCAAUGGAACAGUCAGGACCAUGGGGAAGGGGGCUCCCCGCCCUCCCCGCUCACCUUCUCUGGGGCGCCUGGGGGAGGAAGCACGGAGACAGACCCCUCAGCGACAGCCCAGCCCACACAGGGGUCGGGAAGCUUUCUCUGAUGGCAUAGACAGCCAGGGGCCCAAGCGUAAGCUGUACAGUGCUGUGCCAGGCAAGCACUAUGUGGUGACCCAGUCCUACCAACCACAGGCCGAAGGAGAGAUCCCCCUGUACAAGAACGACAAGGUCAAAGUGCUCUCCAUAGGGGAAAAUGGUUUCUGGGAGGGCAGUGCCCGUGGUAACUUGGGGUGGUUCCCAGCAGAGUGUGUGGAGGAGAACAUCCCUAACCAAGUCCAGGAGGAGAAACCAUAUGCCAGGGCAGACAGAGCUGAGAGGAGGAAGCUCUUCAGGCACUACACUGUGGGAUCCUACGACAGCUUUGAUGCGUCAAGCGACUGUGUUAUUGACGAGAAGACGGUAGUUCUACAGAAGAAGGAUAAUGAGGGAUUCGGGUUUGUGCUGCGAGGGGCGAAAGCGGACACGCCUAUCGAGGAGUUUACUCCCACCCCUGCCUUCCCCGCCUUGCAGUACUUGGAGUCUGUGGACGAGGGCGGGGUUGCGUGGCGGGCGGGGCUUCGCAACGGAGACUUCCUCAUCGAGGUGAACCAGGAAAAUGUGGUGAAGGUGGGCCACAAACAGGUGGUCAAUACGAUCCGACACGGGGGAAACCGGCUCAUCAUCAAAGUGGUGACGGUUAGCAGGAAUCUGGACCCUGAUGACACGGCUAGGAAGAAAGUGCCCACACCUCCGCGUAGGGCUCCCUCCACUGCCCUGUCCAUGGCCAUGCGCUCCAAAUCCAUGACAUCAGAGCUGGAGGAGCUUGCCACUUUGAGGAAAAAAGUGACCGGUGAUAAAGUGGACGAGAACAUGCCUCCUCAGAAGCCUAUGUAUGAGAACUCCAAUGCUGACGUAAGGGUCGCUAACACAGUCAAGUCACGGCCCAACAGCAGGUGCUUCGCCAUGAGCCCCGAGAUGAAUUCCAUGUGUGAGAGCCAGGAUAUGUUGAUGCAGACCCAGACCCAGACCCAACCCAGAGAUCCAGGCAGUCCCAGAGGUCGAGGACCCUACCUGGGGGUGCCAAACAGACAGGGGACCAUGAGACGACAGAAGUCCAUAGGAACAUCUGGAAUAACAGAAGAGGAGACCCCUCAGUUUCUGACCCCUCCCAUGUUGAAAUUCACCAGGAGCCUCUCCAUGCCGGACACAUCAGAAGACAUCCCACCCCCACCCGCCGUCUCCCCUCCAUCUCCCCCUUACAACAACGUCCCCAACCCCCAGGGCAGAGGCUACGGCAUUAUCAGACACUCUGCUCCUAAAGGCACCGCCCCAGAGCGAGGGGACCUCACCGCAGGCGGCAGCGAUGGGUGGAGGGAGCAGGGGGGUAUGUACUACAGAGAGCCCCAGUCGGAACAGUACCAGUCUGAGGACCACCACCACCAACAGGGAAGCCACAGCCCAGGCCAGGGCCUCACAGCCCAGCAGAGCUUCCUGAACCGCAGGGCCCAGAUCCCUGAGAACCCCUACUCAGACCUGGGGAAGAUGGGCAACCUGGGGCUGUUUGCCCCCAACAAGCCCCAGAGGAGGAAGGGCAUGCUGGUGAAGCAGGACAAGAUCGAGGACAGCCCUGAAAAGAUCUGCACCAUCAAAAUCCCAACCAUCAUUAUCAAGGAGCCGUCUACAUCCAGCAGUGGUAAGAGCAGCCAGGGCAGCAGCAUGGAGAUAGAAACUGGUGCCCACGACCAGCUCCGGCCCGACGACGGACACAACCCCAGCAGCCCCUUUGCCACGGCCAUGGCGGGCGCCGUUCGAGAGCGCGAGAGGAGGAUGGUGGAGUCUCACCAGAACUCCCCAUCCUACAGGUUCACCGACCAGGGUGAUGAAGACUCGCCUCCCGCCCCAACCCCUCGCCUCCGCCACUCCAAGUCCAUCGACGAGGGGAUGUUCAGUAGUGAUGAACGCCUGCGCCGCAUCAUGGCCCCACCUGCCUCUCUCCUCAACAUCCCCAAAGGAGGAGGCAAUGUGACAAACUUCAAUACCUCAGAGCCCAACAUGGUGAGGGAGCCACUCCACACCCGCACUGGUCACCACAGCCCAGUCAGUCUGCCAAACAAGACCUACACCUCCAGCAGCGGACACUAUGUCCACCCAGUAACUGGGAAGCCUCUGGACCCUAACUCCCCUCUUGCACUGGCUCUAGCUGCACGGGACCGGGCCAUGAGAGAGCAGUCCCAGCCUCUCCCACUGAAGACUGAGCUACCCAAACCUGACCUGAACAAGCCUCUGUUCAUCGACACUAAGCUAAGGACUGGCAUGGAUGCGAGUUUCUCCGCGACGGCCACCAUGGGUCGACCAGGCAGGGCAGGGCUUCGCAGGCAGAUGACCGAGGCCAAGUACGAGACAGAGUCCAAAUACGACCACCCGCUGGCUAAAGACCAGGACAAGAGUCUAUCCCGGCCUGAGAGAGAAGAGGAGAAGAAGAACAUGUUGAUAGACAACGUGGACACGUCUCAGCAGAAGUCUGCUGGUCUGCUAAUGGUUCACACCACUGACGGAGCCAGGUCUGAGGAGAACAGCCUGUCUGAGGGGGACAGGGACGGGGCAGUGAGUCCGGACAGCACCCCCAGCGAGCUCCGGGAUCCCAACCAGCCUAACCACUCCAAAAUGUCCUCCCCUAACCCCCAUAACUCCCACUCUAUGGGCCCUGGUCCCAGAGGUAGUAAGACCAUGAUCACCGUCACCUCAGUAGAUGAGCCGGUCAAACUCCCCUUCGGCAUCCCCCCUCCGCCCUGCGUUCCCUCUGUUGACAUCGACGAUGACUUCUUCGCUGACCCACUGCCACCGCCGCUGGAGUUCGCCAACAGCUUCGACAUCCCAGAGGACCAGAAGGGGGCGAUCGCUGAACUGCUCAAACAGCAUCGAAACGCUGGCAGAGCCUCAUCGUCUCUAGCUCCCUUCUACCCCCAUCACGGUAACACCCCAAGCCACCCUGACCAGACGAUGAUCAAACGGCCUGCAGUGCUCACUAACUGUAUGCCCCCCAGCUUCACCCCCAACGUCCUAGAGAGCUACGAGCCUAUCAGUGACUCUGGGAUCGAUGUGGAGCCCGACAGCCGCAGUAGUGGAGACCCUCAGAUGGAGACUACGAGCACUGUAUCCACUGUGUCCAGUAUCUCUACGCUGUCGUCAGACGGUGGCGAGAUGCUGGACAACACUUGCACAGUCUAUGCAGACGGACAGGCCUUUUUGGUGGACCGGACCUCAAAGCCAAAAAACAGGCAACCUGCCGCCAACAAGAGUAAUGCACUUUACAAGGACCCCUCCUUGAUGGAUAGAGAAGAGAACCUGAGAACUUUCGGAACGCCCUCCUCUGUCCCGCCACCUCCCCCCGGGGCAUGCGUCCACUCAGAGCCCCCCAGAACACCAACGCAAAGGACCUCAAAGCUGUGGGGAGACCCGCCAGGCUCUAACCCCUAUGACAUGCAGAACAAGGACAAGACACCAAAGCCAGGGGAUGGGAUAGACUCUUCUUCCUCAGGAUGUAGGACCGUUUUUGGAUCAAGGGGUCCAGACGGUGGGUCCCUUGCCUCAGGUACACAGCGGAAUACCACAGUCACUUUUGCUGCCCAGCUCGGCCCGAGCGUGCCGGCCCCAUCUCCAAAACGAGAGACCGAGAGUCUCCCCCACCACCGAGCCCCCAGCCCCAUCCUCUCUCCUCCAGACUCAGGCCUCGGCUGUGCCUCCUCCCUCCCCGCAACCUCCCCCACCCUCUCGGAUGUGUUCGGCCUGCCCACCCCUCCUCUCAGCCUGGGCACGGGGAGCAGCCGCUCACCCUCCCCUCUCACCCUCAUGCAGGCAGUCUCCAACAAGCCUUUUGCCACCAAGCCGGUUCUGAUGUGGAGCAAGCACGAUGUGGCCGACUGGUUGGAGAGCCUAAACCUGGCAGAGCACAGAGACACCUUCAUGGACAACGACAUCGAGGGCUCCCAUCUGCCCAGCCUGCAGAAGGACGACCUCAUAGAUCUCGGGGUGACCAGAGUCGGCCAUCGGAUGAACAUAGAGAGAGCUUUGAAACUGCUGAUGGACAGAUGAGAAGAGAGGAUAGAGGAAUAUCCUCAUGUAUCCUGAAGAAACUGCAACUUGAAACAGCACUGCAGUUUCCUGAAUAAGCACAAAAGUCCCCCAGGGUGGGAUAGAGCGAUCCCAGGAAGCUGAAAUGUGUGCCAACAGCUCUCCCUACUGUUGUCUUCUGAACAUGACAUGGCAGAGAGAGCAGAGCUUGGCAGUCAGGGCUUUCCAAUCGUUAUCACCAACCAUCAUCCUUUCUUUCGCAGUCUUCUAUGUCCUCUGAGAGGAAUAAUACACACAUUAUCACAUUAGGUUAUUACUAUACCCUGAACUGACGUUUAGGGCUUUGGGAUUGAAGACUCAGGAAUGGAUUACCCUAGUUCAACAGAGUAGCAGGGAUGGGGUCCAUUUCAUUUCAAUUCAGGAAGUAAAGUGAAAUUCCAAUUCUAAAUGUUUCUCAUAGAGAAGCAUUGAAGAGAAUGUCAGUUUACUUCCUGAAUUUAAAAGGAAUUUAAACCAACACUGCAGAAUAGGCAUGUUUCUGAAGACGAACAUCAGUCACGUUUAUGCAACGAUGAGAAGAAGUAGGCGAACAAACACUAAAGCUGGAAUUUCCUUUUCCCCUUCCCCUAGAAUAGGAAUAGUUCAACUUGUUUGGCAAUCGAAGAGAGGCAGAUACCUCUAAGAAUCAAGUUGCUAGAAAUGUUGUAUGAUUAUUGAAGUAUUAGAGAUAGAAUAAAUACUAUGAUGGUGUUUUGAUGUGUUUUGUUGAUGAGGAAGAAAGUUGUAGAUACCCACAGAGCUCAACAGGAUGAUAGCUUCUUUAUAGAAUUAGGUGAUGCUUUUAGGGGGGAUUUUUACUCCCAGUGACUGCUGUUCUGGAACACAUGGGAGCUACGGGACAUUUGCUAAACCAUGUGCCAUUGGACUUCGUUGACAGGUCUCUUUUAUACAACACGUCUGAAACUGGCCAAAUCCAAAACAGUAUCACCAGAAUAAGAAUGUCCUGAAGUGCAGCAUCAUUUCCCUCCGUGUUCUCAAGGCAAAGUCUCCUCAAUACCAUCGCCAGUUCAAAAGGACAGGGAUUCGCUCGUCGUAAUGUUGAUGAGUUUAAAUGUAAUUUACUCUCUCCACUGUUUUUUUCUCUUUCUGAAGUGGUAUUUUUCACUCAGUUUGCAGUGUAAACUCCCCCCCCCCAAUGAGGGUGCUAGCUAAAAUUCUAACAUCAGUAUUUACGAAACAUUCUUUUGGAUUGACAUCCCAGAGCACAACAAAUUCAGUGUAUGGGUGGGAUGUGUGUGUGAUCUAAUGAUGUGAUGGGGGGGGGACGACAUACUGUCUGAUGUCUUGAUAUGACUGUCUGAUGACUUUGAUAUGACUGUCUGAUGACUUUGAUAUGGCUGUCUGAUGACUUUGAUAUGACUGUCUGAUGACUUUGUAAAACAAAAAAAGUUGUUAAAAAGUGUGAUGUUCCGCAAUCAAAAGGAUGUUUCCUAAAGCAUACUUAAUGUGUACGGUAUUAAUCUACGACUGUCCGAUGACUGUAGUAUGACCUCAUAACAGAAAAGUUCCAGUGCGAUAGGCUGCAGAGGGGUACUUGUCACCUGUCAGUUGUCACUGUUGACACGCGGGCACACGUUGAGAUGAGAUCUUAUGUUAAGAACCACAGGAACAAGAAAGAGCACAGUAUUUUUUGAUUACGCAGAGAUAUUUAAUGUUAGGAUAUAUUCCUAUCCGUGUUGUUGCCAUAUCAACCCUGAGCUGUGGUUAGGUUUUCCAAAAAAGAAGAGAAAUAUGGUUAAGAAGCAAUAUAAUAUCAAUUCUGUUUCAAGUUGUUGUUUUUCUUAUUCUUUUCCAGGGGAAUAAUUAUACAUGUAACAGGAUUUCAAGUCUCUCUAUUUUUAAAAUUGACAUAAAUAAUUGUGUUAUAAUCCAUAUUCCUAUAGAGCAUAUUUGAAACUUUUAGCAAUUGAUAGUCAUGUAUUUACAAAGCCUCUGUAAUUAUUAAAAGCUGAUAUAAACUGAUUUGCAUAGUUUUUGCAUCACGUGUGUAUAAAUGAAGAUUCUCAGGCUGUACAUUUCUACACUAUUUGCUAUAGAAAGCGUUAUAUGACCACUAUAUGACCAAGAGAAAAGCACACCACUGAAUGUGACAUUUGAUAUACAGUAGAGUUGACGGCUGCACGUUGCACUGAGGUCAUGUACAGGCCUAAAGGCUUAGUAGUGAAGCUGACUAGACCUAUAUACUUAAUAAGGCAUCUGAGGCUCAAAGAGGUUCAAGGAAAGUCAAUUAAUCAGGAGAUGGGGCUAUGCUUCUGUACCUUGGCAAACAUUUUAAAAGCUACUUUUCCUUACUUUGCCCUGUAGGGCCACCGUAGUAUGCUGUCAAUGGAACAUAGCAUAGAUAUCCAGACUGAAUUCUGCUUUAUUUCAGGUCUUAUUUCACUCCACUGGGAAACAAUGGUGAAAUGUAGUACAAUGCAGUCUGGCUACAUUGGACAUGUUAAGAUGCCGUACACCGACAGGCAUCAGCUCCAAGCGUUAUGUCCUCUUGUUUUAUUCUUCAUAGAUACAGAAUCACUCUGCUUUUUGUCAACGUCCUUUUCAUGCUAUAUAUGUUGCUGUAAUUUUAUGCGACAAACAAUUCAGUUACUUUAGAGAGAAAUUAAUAUUAUCGAGAUCAAAGGAACAUAAGUAUUUGUAACUGCACUUUCCCCUAAGUUCACAAACCAACAUUUUAUGAAGGUUAAUAAAUGUAAUAUUGCGCAAUAUUUGAUCA